CGUACUGAUGGUGAUAUAAAAUGUCAUGCGUUUCUAGAAAACUGGUCAAUCUAUUUUUUCUAAUACUUUACCCAAAAUUGGUAAGACAGAAAUGGGUCUAUAAUUCCCUUUUUUAUGUUUAAUACCUUUCUUAAACAGUGGACUGACUUUAGCAAUUUUCAUUUGAUCAGGGAAAUUUCCUGUUUCCAAUGAAAGAUUGAAGAUAUGUCUUAAUGGUUCAGCCAUAGACGUAAUACAAUGGACUAUCGACGAAGCAGUUUCUUUGAUCCUAUGAGUUCCACCAUUACGUCUAUGGUCAGGAGCAGCUACAGUACAUGGUCUAUGGUAGUCUUAUAGUGCAGACUCACUUUUACGACUGACCAGGGUUUGUGCUUGCAGACUAGUAGAGAAGCAUCAUCCGAGAUGAGAGAAGACAAAGUGAUAAUAAUAGAUACAUAUCAACCAUAAUACAUCUGUGAAGCCCCUCCAAAAUAGGGCACCCUAACACAUUUUGGUAUCUACUGUAUCUACUACACAUUUUCAGUGCAUUACUUUUACCCCUCAAGUGUGAAUACAUCACACCCCCAGUUAUAAUGUAUCAACCCAAAAUCCCCCUAGCUCAGUGGUCAGCCCAGGGUGUCAUCAUUGUUGCUGAUGCGCAUACACAUUGACUGACCAUUGUUCUCUCUCUUUUCAUUUCAAUUUACAGCUGAGCUGAGCCUGAGAUCGAAAGGAGCCUGAGAUCGAAAGAAGACUGAAGUCGUAAGAACUAAAUUUCCUUUGCCAGCUGACAGUUCAAGUUCACGUUCAAGAUGACAGACGGCCCUCCAAAUCCAGCAGAAAACGGGGGGAUUUUGUCUCAAACUUUUUUCUGUUGGCUAUUGCCAUUCUUCAAGUAUGGCUACAGAAACACGUUGGAGCAGCCUGAUCUCUAUCGGAUAUGCAGCGAAGAUGAUUCCAAUUUCCUCGCUGAUAGACUUGAAAGAAACUGGAACAAGGAGCUAAGGGCACAUGAGAAUCAUGAAAAGAAACCCAGCCUCCUCCGAGCUUUAAUCAAAACCUUCAUACGCCCAGUAGCCUUUUCAGGGGUCAUAGUUUUCUUUGAAGAAUGUGUCUUCAAACUCCUUCAACCCAUCAUUCUCAGCUUCCUCAUCACCUACUUUUCUCCGGAGCCAAAAAUCACAACCACUCAGGCUUACCUCUGUGCCGUGGGGAUGGUCCUAUGCGGAGCCCUUGCUACAAAAAUGCACCAUCCCUACGUAUUUCGGAUGGCCAGGGUCGGCAUGCAGGUCCGCAUCGCAACCAGUGCUCUGGUCUUCAGAAAGUCUUUACGUCUGAGUCAUUCAGCUUUUGGACAAACAACAGUCGGGAAGUUGGUCAAUAUUCUAUCCAGUGAUGUGAAUAGAUUUGAUAUGUUGUUGCUUUUCGUGCACGACGUCUGGAUUGGUCCUCUGCAGCUGACAGUCGUAUUAAUCAUACUCUUUAAAAACAUGGGACCAUCCUGUCUGGUAGGAUUCGUCAUCCUUCUCUGUCUAGCUCCUCUCCAAGGAUGGAUGGGAAAACUAUUCUCCAAGUUCAGGGACAAGACAGCCCUAUUGACCGAUGAGCGUGUGCACAUUAUGAAUGAGAUCAUCUCGGGAAUGCGGAUCAUCAAGAUUCAUGCAUGGGAAUUCCUUUUUUCAGACCUGGUCAGAGAAUCAAGAAGGAAAGAAAUGGCCAAAGUGAUGCGCUCUACCUACUUGCGUUCUUUCAACUUCACAGCCUCCACAUCUGCCACUGCUAUCAUCUCCUUCGCCACCCUUACUGUCUACGCCCUCACCGGUCACGUGCUCACGCCCAGCAUCGUCUUUCUCGCCAUCCCACUCUUCAAUGCCGUCCAUAUCACGAUCUUUGUCUGCAUACCCUCCUGCAUAAUGUACGGCAGUGAGGGGCUCAUUGCUGUGCGCAGAAUACAGGAAUUUCUUAUGAUGGAGGAACUGAAGACAUUGAAGCAUGCAGACUCCCUCUCCUCCAUCGCGUCCGAUGCUAACCUUCCCAUCCCUGAGCAGAUCGGAGAACCCCUGGAAGAAACUGAGACGAAUGAUAGCAGUAAAGAUGAGGAGAGGACAGAUACCUUCACCAGCAAUGACGUUACUGUAGCGUUCCUCCCUAACAACAACAAGGAAAAAGAUGGGCUGGUUGCAGAUAGUCUAGCCAUGAAGCAUAUAAAUGAUAACAGAGAGGAAGAGGAGAAAGAAGAAGAGAGGAGAAAAAGCAAAGAAGGAUCAAAUCGGGAUGUUGAUGGGGAUGAUGGGACUCCUGAACGUGGAGAAGAUGAUAAUGACAUCAUUCUUAGGAACCUAGGAGGAUCUUGGGAUGCCAAAAGUGGUGAUGACAAAGUUGGUUUCACUCUGAAGAACAUUGAUUUUUCUCUGCGAGCCGGACAGCUUGUAGCCAUCAUUGGGCCUGUGGGUAGUGGCAAGUCUUCCCUUCUCAUGGCUAUGAUGAAUGAGCUCCCAACACAGACUGGUGACGUUAUUGUCAGUGGUAAAAUAGCCUAUACAGCACAGCAGCCAUGGGUAUUCUCUGGCACGCUAAGGGAUAACAUUCUGUUUGGCAAGAAGUUUGACCCAGACAAGUACAAGGAGGCCCUGAAAGUCUGCGCGCUCAAAACGGACAUUGCACUUUUUCCUGACGGUGACCUCACGCUGGUCGGAGACAGGGGCAUCACAUUGAGUGGAGGUCAAAGGGCAAGGGUCAGCCUGGCCAGGGCUGUAUACCAUGAGGCCGAUGCAUACCUAUUGGACGAUCCUCUUAGUGCUGUGGAUACAGCGGUCGGAAGACACCUGUUUGAUAAAUGCAUCAAGGGUCAUCUAAGAGACAAACCAGUUAUUCUAGUCACUCAUCAGUUACAGUACCUGGAUGCAGCAGACUGUAUAGUCGUCCUCAAAGAUGGUGAAAUGGUAGCAUGCGGAAGCUUCGAGGAGCUCCAGACCACUGGGAUAGAUUUCGCUGCUCUCCUCAAGGAGCAUGAAUCACUCAAGCAAGAAGACGUUGUCUCGAGGACCAGCUCAAUUUAUUCAAUCCCAGGCGCCAUAGCAACGGAGAUCAAUCCUCUUGCUGAUGAUAUCAUUCUUGAGGCUGAUGAGAAAGCAAGCGAUAGACAGAAAGAGACCAAGUCUGAAGGCACGGUGGCGUACAAGGUCUAUGUAACAUUCUUCAGGGCGGGGGCCGGUAUUCUUGGGUUCAUGGUCCUCAUGCUCUUCAAUGUUAGCAGUCAGGUGUUCAUGAACCUCACUGAUUGGUGGUUAGCGCAAUGGGCUUUCGCUGAGGAGACGGCAUGUGCUGAGUUACUCAAUCGUUCAUGCAUAGUCGAUACGGUCUCGCCGGAUAAGACGUUUGUAGAUGAGAUGGAUGUCGACCGGCCAUACUAUCUUCAAAACCUGUCCAUCUUCCUCUGUCUCUUCAUCCUCUUCAGCUUCAUUCGUAAUUAUCAUUUUUUCAUCAUCCUCGUCAACGCCGCCACCGUUCUGCACAAUAGAAUGUUUGAAGCUCUCAUCAGGGCCCCGAUGCAAUUCUUUGAUACAAACUCGAUUGGGCGUAUAUUAAAUCGAUUCUCAGAAGAUAUCGGUUCAAUGGAUGAGCAAUUACCUACAUCCUUUGCAGACUUCAAUAUAAUAUCAUUUCAAACUCUAGGAGUGAUCAUCGUCAUCAGCAUCUUCAACCCAAUCGUCUUAAUAUUCAUGGUGCCGCUGUGUGUAGCAUUCACCCUCGUCAGACGGUACUACCUCGCGUCAUCAAGAGAUAUCAAGAGAUUAGAAGGGAUAACUCGUAGUCCCGUCUUCAGCCACCUCUCGGCCUCUCUGCAGGGGUUAGUCACCAUCAGAGCCUUCAAGGUCCAAGAGGACUUCACCAAGCAGUUCGACCUCCAUCAGAACACCCACACCAGGACAUGGUUCCUUUUCAUCUCUUCCACCUGUUGGUUUGGUAUCGUGCUAGAUUGGAUGGCCAUCACCUUCCUUGCCAUUGUAGCAUUUUCGUGCAUCAUCUUAUCUGACAUAUUAGAGUUGAACUCAUCUCUGGUUGGUUUAUCAUUGACCUACUCUCUUCAGCUGAUGGAUGAUUUCCAGUGGGGCGUUAUACAGAGUGCUGAGGUAGAAAAUUCGAUGACCUCAACAGAGAGGGUUAUAGAAUACUCGCAGCUGAAGCCAGAAGCUUCUCUAGAGAAGGAGAACGAACCUGAUGCUGAUUGGCCGAAGCAUGGCAUCAUCACGUUUGAAGACGUCUCGGUCUCCUACAGCGACGAUGGACCUCUAGUCCUCAAGAACCUCAGAUGCUCUAUACGAGCAGAGGAGAAGGUUGGUAUCGUCGGUAGGACAGGAGCAGGUAAAAGUUCUCUGAUGGCUGCCCUCAUGAGGUUGACGGAGCCCAGGGGAAUCCUAAAGAUCGACGGUGUCACCAUCACAGAAAUCGGUCUCCAUGCCUUGAGGAAACGCAUAUCAUUUAUACCCCAGGAUCCUGUGUUAUUUAGUGGAACCCUCAGGAAGAACCUAGACCCAUUCAACCAUCACACAGAUGAGGAUAUGUGGAAUGCACUGGAAGAGGUCCAGCUCAAGCCUGUCGUGGAAGAAAACUCAGAGAAACUGGAGAUGGCAAUGUCCGAGGGAGGGACAAACUUCAGCGUCGGACAGAGGCAGCUGGUCUGCCUAGCGAGGGCGGUAUUACAUCAGAAUAAGAUCCUCAUUGUAGACGAAGCCACGGCUAAUGUAGACCCUAGGACUGACCAGUUGGUUCAACUGACCAUUAGGAAGAAGUUCAGGCAGUGUACAGUGCUGACCAUUGCCCAUAGACUCAAUACCAUCAUGGAUAGUGACCGUGUCUUGGUGCUGGACCAGGGUCGUAUCAUAGAGUUUGAUGAACCCUAUGUCCUCCUCAAGGAUGAAAAGAGCCUAUUUGGAUCCAUGGUGGUGGAGACAGGAAAGUCUGAGGCUGCCAAGCUCCUUGCAGUGGCCAGGGCAGGGUACUACGAGAGGAACCCCUCCAACCCGUAUGACUUUGACAUCGACGGUGACCUGAAUGAGAGCUCUGCAUGAAAGGGUCAAAGGACAGGAGGUCACAAAGUCAUCACAAAGGUCAUGAGGUCAUUAAAGCUUUAAGUAUUGGAGAAAUGAGAUGGGGGUGUCUGAUGUCGCACGUGUUUAUUGACCUGGAAUUGACUGGACGGAUAUUGACCUUAUUCAUGAUAAAUAUGAAUGAGAAAUUACUUUCCGUAAUGAAGAUAUGAUCAUGAGUUGAUUUUUAGAAAAUUUCACAAAAUGGCGCCUGGAUGACAUCACGAUAAUCUGAUGAACUUGAAAAUGUUUUGGAUACGUCUUAUAACAAGGACCUAUGACUGUGCCAAAAUUGAAAGAAAUUGACCUUACCGAUUUUGAGUAAUCAUCAGCACAAAAAGUGCGGAGAAAUAAAAAAAAGAAAGAAAGAAAGAAAAUUCUGACAAAAUCAAUAGGUAGUCUGUCUAUGACAGAGCACCUCAUUUUACCUAAAGAGUGCCUUGAUGAUAUAUGUUCCCUUUUUCAUUUAAAUUAAGACAGCUAAAAGUACUUAACUUAAUUGAAGAAAAGUUGCAAUACCAAUAAUGGAAGUGAAUUUUUACACGUUAUAUAUCGCAUUUAAUGUACCAAUGUUUGUUUUUGUAUUUCUGUUCUUGUAAAAUAUGUCUGAGUGUUAUAUCUUAAUAUUAUGUUUGCAAAACAACAAUGAUCCGUGUCAAAUGUACGUAAGGCAAAUAUUAUGAUUGAAAUGUAAUGGUGUAAUGAUGAACAGAUUUCGCGUUUGGACAAAGUGUUUGCAAAAUUAGAUGAAUUUGGGUUGAAAGUGAAAGGUAAAAAAUGUUUUCUAUUUCAAGAUAGGAUUCAUUACUUGGGGCAUGUAGUAGAUGCUAGUGGCAUUCGAGUGGAUUAGAGCAAAAUUGUCAAAAUUCAAAAUUGGCCUAUCCCUCAAAAUGCUGAUCAGUUACGUUCAUUUUUAGGAUUAGCUGGAUAUUAUAGACAUUUUGUUAAUAAUUUUGCUAAGAUAGCUGUACCAUUGUUUCAGUUAAUUCCCCCUUUAGUAAAAGGAAAGAAGGGAAAACUACCUAAGUUUGAGUGGAAUGCUCUAAUGAACGAUUCAUGUAAUUUGCUCAAAAAAAAUUGAUUCAGGCACCAGUUUUGAGUUAUCCGGAUUUUUCAAAAAGUUUUGUUUUAGAAGUUGAUGCUUCCCUGAAAGGUUUAGGGGCUUGCUUAUCACAAGUAGGGGAGGAUGGAAGGCGUCAUCCCAUAGCAUAUGCUAGUAGGCAAUUAAAAGAAACAGAAAAGAAAUACCCAGAUUUAAGUUCAUUUAAAUUAGAGUUGUUAGCAUUAAAGUGGGCAGUAGUGGACAAGUUUAGAGAUCACUUAUUAGGAGUCCCAUUUGUAAUAUUUACGGAUAACAAUCCGGGGCUACCGAGAUACGUUGGGUAGCCCAGUUGGCACCUUUUAAUUUUGGAUUAAGUUUAGAUCAAGUGUUAAGAAUAGGUGUGCUGAUGCCCUUAGUCGGUACCCAGAGUAUCCAAUUGUCAAUCAUGAUGAUAUUACAAAAGAAGUUUUGCAUUCAUCUAUUUUUAGAAUUCAGCAGGAUCGUGUAGAACCACUCACACCCCCUUCCAACCCUCCUAGUUUAUUUCCUUCUCUAGGUAACAUUAAGUUAGGGCUAAUGCAGAGGGAGGACUCUGUGCUUGGUUGUAUUUAGGCGCGUGUGGAGUAUCGUUGGAAACCUGGGGAAUACUAGGCUCCAUCCGCAUCCGAAUCACCAAGAGUGAAACAACUCCUUAAGCAGUGGUCCUGUAUAGACGUAGAAGACAAUUUAUUAGUUUGACAUAUCUCAGAUCCUAUUUUGGGAAAGAUUACCCAAAUACUAUUACCCGAUUGUUUGCAUGAAGAAGUUCUGGUAAAAGCCCAUUCAGUUUGGGGGCAUCAAAGAAGAGAGAGAACUUAUGCGUUAUUACGUCGAAAAGUUUUUUGGUCGGGAAUGUCGAGGGAUGUAGCUAAACACGUCGCUCGAUGUAAACAUUGUUGCAUCACAAAAGAGAGAUAACCCAAAUUAAGAACACCCCUUAGACAUCUUUUGGCAUUUAGUCCAUUGGAAGUAGUCGCGAUAGAUUUUGUUAAAAUAGAUAAAGGUAAAGGUGGUUUUGAGGAUGUUUUAGUUAUAACGGAUGUGUAUUCUAAGUUUACUCAGGCAGUGCCUUGUAAAGAUCAGAAGGCCACCACUGCAGCCAAAGUAUUACAGGAGCAUUGGUUUUUUAAGUUUGGUAUCCCAAAUAGGAUUCAUAGUGAUCAAGGUAGGAAUUUUGAAUCUUUGAUUAUUGCAGAGUUAUGCAAGUUGUAUGGUAUAAGGAAGUCCCAUACUACCCCCUAUCAUCCGCAAGGUAAUGCUCAAGCAGAGCGAUUUAACUGUACACUUUUCGGGUUAAUUAAGUCCUUGAGUGUCCAAGACAGGCACAAAUGGCCAGAAUUAUUGCCACAUUUGGUUUUUGUAUAUAACACCACCCCUCAUACUUCUACACGGGCUACUCCAUAUUCACUAAUGUUUGGGAGGCCUGCUAGCAUUCCUUUAGAUUUUUUAUUAGGUAAAAAUUUAAUUGAUUGGGAUCAACACUUUGUGGAGACUCAAGCGGAGUUUUAUUUCCGAGCUAAGAGCAUAGUAGAAGAUAAUGUUAAGACUGUAGCUAAGCGUAAUAAGAAGUGUUAUGAUAGAGGCAUACAUGUACCUCCUAUUCAACCAAGUGUUGGUUCUGUAGUAUACCUUAAGCAAUGUGCUUUUCCAGGUCGUCAUAAAGUUAAGGAUACUUAUAUGAAAGAUCCUUUUGUUGUAGUUUGGAUUAAUGAACAUGAAGAUGUAUUUAGGAUUCGCCCAAUGCAUGGCGGUCCUGCCAGAAUGGUGCAUCAUACUUUAUUAAGGAUGUCACCCUUUGGUGAUGAACCAGAUGUUCAUGUUCGUAGUGAGGAUACAAGUAGUUCCGAAGAGGAAUAUGAGGUCAGGUUAAAGUUUCCUAAUAUACAACAAGCCAGAAGUGGGGUAACUAUUACUAGGGACGCUCCUCCUCCUCACUGUUCGGCGCGUGCCACACAAGGCAAACGUUCAAAUCCAUAUGGUCUACCCAAAUCGGUUAGAUAAUGUAAUUCAAUUUUUUUUUCUGUUAUUGGAAAAAAAUGUUUGAUGUUAUAAUUCCUUCUUUGACUAUACAUCUGGUCACUUGUUUUGGAUAAGCAUUUUUUUUAGAGGCUGGGCGCUCCUAACGAUGUUUUUUUUACUAUUUUCAUGAAAUACCUGUUAUUUGGUCAUAGUUUUGUGAGACGUCUCACAGGUAGAGUGCAUGGCACUUUGCGAGUCCCAAUAGAUCAGGGCAUUUGAGGGUCGAGUGUUUUGGCCAGGGAGGAUUAUCCUUCGACAGGAUACAUUCCAGACGAGAAUAUUAUCUCAAUUACAUCCAGUCCUCACUGAUGUCCAGAUGUACUUAUCUUGGACAUGGGGACCAAUGAUUUGUUUUGCUCUGUGGGAGUUCUUGGAGGAGUUGGGUCGCCGGGGGGUAAAGCCCUUGGUGACCGUUAUCCUCCCGGUGCUCCCACGGACAAAUGUGUUCCGGGGUAGCCGUGUAUCCCUGGAGGAGUACAACCAACGAGUUUGUUUAUUCAACAAGUUGGGGGAGGGUGAGGUGUUCCGUCGGGACUGUGUCUGGGUGUGGCCUCAUAGAGGCCUACAAGCACCCAUGCAGAUACAGUCUUGACGGAGUGCAUCUGAACUCUCUGGGGAUGCACGGUUAUGCCCGGACGGUCAAACUGGCUUGUAAAUUUUUCAAUCGACAUUUUUGGUGUUAGAUACAUGUAUAUUUUGAUUUGAUUCAUGAUUCCAAUGUUUUCGCUGAAAAUAUGUUUUUUUUUUAGAAAUCAAAAUAACUGAUAUGAAUAUGUAGUUAGGAAUUCAGUAUAUCAGAGUUCAUGUGUAAAUAUGUUGGUGUGAAACUUAUAGAUUGGUUUACACGUAUUUUAUAUUGUAAAGAUAGAGGGUGACAUCAUACGGAGUACGUUGUGGAGGUCUUGGGAUAUCCAGCUCCAUUAGUUGUCCUGUAUGAUGUAUUUCCUGAUAUCAUUCAUAUAUUUGCGAUGUACCAGAUUAUUGUUGCCAGAUGUUUCGUUUUUUUUUAAAGCCAUCCUGUUCCAAGUUGGCACUUACUGUUAUUUUUUUGGGGUAACUGUAUAUAAAAAAAUAUAAAAAAAUAAGCGGUUGGAGUCUACAUUACAUUUAGUAGACAUUAAUUAUUGCAUAUAUAUCAUACGUGAUGUAAUGUAAUGUUAGUUACGAGUCGAUUCGAUUUGAUGAUUACACACUGCUGGUUGCAGUUGAAGCUGGGGAUUUUUAGAUCAAUAUAUUAUGCAGGGUUAUGAGAAUAGGUGUUAAUUGUAGGUAUAUCAUUGUAUGUAUAUAUAUAUAUAUAAUAAGGCAUGUCUUGCAUCCAGUGAGAUGUUUGGUUCUCAUGAUGACUCUUUGAGGACAGAGUGGUAUUAGGGAAUAUAAUUAUGCAUGUAGGUUGUUUGUAUAGUGGUUACCGGGUGAUCUGUAGAUUUGUGUAUCAUAUGUCAUUGGUUGUGUUAAAUUGUUUAUUACAAUUACCAGUUGACCUUGCGCGAUGUCAUUGUAUUGUCGUUUUUGUUCUGGUUAUACCUUUCCAUAUUUGGGAGCAGUUAAGAUCGAGGGAUGAUGUUUUUGCUUGCCUUUGAUUUGGAGGUCUAGGGAUAUCCAGCUCCAAUGAAGAGGAAGGGCAUGACAUCAUCCUGACAUUAUAUUCUGUUGGCUGGGUUGCACUUACGGGGCGCGCAAGACAUGGCGUUCGUGGGUCUUCCUGGUCGAUUGGUUUAAAACAGAUAGAUGUUGUUGUUUAAUGUAAUUAUGCAUAGGUAAUCAGUAAUUGACAUUGCAAAGAGGAUGUUAGCUGUCAUUCUUGUGUAUUUUUUUUGAAUUUUUGUUGUUGUUUUUCUUCUUGUUAUUGAAGUGUUUGUUAAUGCAGCCCAAAUAUGCUGUGUAGAUGGUAUAUUGACAAAAUUGUGCUUUAAAGCAACAAAGAUAUGUAUUGCUUGGUUAAAUGAUUCCCAGUUGGUAAUCUAAUAUUUUAUCUCAAUUUUGUGCGAUCUCCAGGUGAAAGAUCAUUUUAGUAGGGGCGAUUUGUGGCUAAAGGGGGCGCUAGAGCCAUAGAAGAGCCGGGCUGGGUUGAUUAAUGGUACGAUUAUUAGUUUGACUUGGUAUACACCUAAAAGUUAAAUAGCAUUAAUUAUGUUUCCAAUAGUAUGCCGGGAACUGGUAAACAACCCCUGGUUUUGAAUUCUUGCAUUAGAUUAAAGUGUUCAUUUCGAUACGCACGUUGGAAAUGAAUUCCUGCAUCAAGAUGUACAGGUGUUCAUUUCCAAUAACACGUUAGACAAUAGACUGUUUUGCCAGUGACGCGACAUUCUCGCGAAGAGAUAGACUCCUCCCAUUUUUGUCGGUGACUAGUUCAAAUUACUUGUAUCUAUGAUGCUCUGUCAUUGGUUAUAAUUAAUUAAAGGUAUAACUCCUCUUUUAAUUGGUUGGAUGACCUAAGGGUAAUUGUAUGUAUCCCGUCUUGUAAUUGGUUGGCUGCGUAAGGGUCCUCCUGGUUGGCUGGGUAUAUCGCGGGAUAUCUAAAACUCUUCGGGUGCUGUAGUACUAUAUGCCAUGUGCGGGAUUUUGUGGUGAGUUUAUUUCAUUCCUGUAACAUGUUUAGUAGGAUGUGCUGCUAGUUACGAUCAAUAGGGCCGCCCAGCCUCUGAGAGAAGCAGCUUAUUUACAAUGUUUAUAUAAUAAUAAUAAUACUCUUCGUUUGCAACGAUUGGAGCUUCGGCUGACUUAUAUAUUUAAUAAAGUGGACUUCAACUGUAA